AUGAAGAGUAUAUUUAUAAUUUUAUUUCAAUUUGAUCCGUUAUUCAAACUCUACUAUGGACUGUGUAUUUGAAAACCGUAGUUUUACUAUCAUGUUCCUUGUUGAUUGUUGCUGUGAAGUUGUCUUGUUGAUGUGAAGAGGCUUAGCUGUCCUACUUCUCCUGAGUAACCUGCUACCUGAUAGAUGAAGUGCCAAGGUGCCAUAGUGCAUCUUAUCUUACAGACUUACAAAGAGAUUUAAGAAGUUUUAACAGUGUGCUUUGGAAGGGUAAUUUACUCCAACUAAGUCUUAAUUUAAAAAAAUACAUUAUUGAUGCACGCAUUAAGGAACUGACAUUGGAUAGGUUCGAGAGGUUUGGUGGUUACACUUGGACUUUUACAAAUAUUUUUGCCACAAUGCCGAGCCAGUGUUUUGACUUGACUCUGUGUCCGUUUAGUCAUGACAACAGUAUCCUAACUCGUUUGUAAAUGUUUUUAAGACCUGCUGUUACAAACAAGUAAUGGAUAAGGAAAAUUAAGUUGGUAGGCUUGCAUCUACAGUACAGUAAGGGGGAAAAACAAAAAUCUUGAUUCUAUGGAAUCCAUUUGAGAGAGAAACAUUUUCUGAAAACUGCAUUUGUACUAUGCUCAAGCGUUCUAAAGCAACAACAGAUAAGCUGAAAUCAAAGACUUUCAUUGUGUAUAUUAUGUUAGUAUGUUCAGUAUGUUCAGAGUUCCGGCGCCGACAGAGAUGGCCGCCUCGCUUUGCGUUCCUAGAAUGUAUUUCUAAAACAGAUUAUAAACUGUUUGGAUCUAGUUAGGGCGAUAACUUCAAGAGGUGAAAAUGUGAUGUACUAAGCAAGCAUUUAUGUUCCUUUUGACAUUUCACAACAACGGUCUAGUCAAUUCGCAUUAACUGUAGUAACAUUUAGAGUAUUUACAAGUAUUUACAAAUCAUGUGAUCUAUUUUAGCACUGGACUUUAACCACAAAUCCAUCCCCUGGCCCUCCCUGCAAGGCCACUCUAAUCUAAGCGUCAGUUUCCUGUUUAAAUCAGUAAACACUGUGCUAUCUGAGUCAGGCUACCAGCAAACAGUGUGCAGUGAUAAAGAGCCAAGCUGGGAAGACGUACUAGAGGUUUAGAGAAAGAGAGAUAUUUAUUGUGUGCUUACAGCCUUCAGUCCAAACGUUGAGUGAAUCAAGGGUCAUGUGUUUAUCCCACCCUUACCCUCCUCCUCCAGAAUGAUUCCCUUGGGGAUGUACAUGCUCAGGCCCUUGUCCAACAGUGACAACUGGGCCACACUAGAAGAUCCAUGGCCACAUGUAUACACUCCAAGAAAUUGUCCCCAUCACUCAUUAUGAAGAGGGAAAUGAAUGAAUGCGCAGCCACAUCCACUGUAGUGUAUGCGUUCCCUCCGUUAUCAUGCUCUCUCACUCUCUUGGAGGGUACAGUAUAAGGGGUAGCAAGCUUUGUGAAGACAUGACUAAUGCAACAGUACACGUGACAGGGGAAUAUGACAACAGAAGCCUCUCCUGGGAUUUGUUAAGAUUAAGCGGGUGUUCCCAGAGACUGACUGUGGAUCAGCUGUCCAGAUGAGAGAGUGGAGUGAGUCGGAGAUGACCAUGUCUGCCGGUGGUUACCUCUCUGCCUCUGAUGGGUAUGGCAUCACCGAGCCUCUGCAGUACUACGAUGUGCUGGGGGACCCUUUGGGCUACCCUUUCCAGGAGCCAGACCUACAGGGCCUAGCCUUCAGCCAGCAGCAGUACAGCCCCAUCAAUGUGCAGUUCUCUGUCUACGGACCGACGUCCUCCCAGCCCUUCCACCCACCUUCCACCCACGCCUACAGCCCCCACUGCCUGGAGACUCCCUGUGAGCCCAGCCCGGAGCCCCAGUGUGGAAGCCUGGGGAAGGGGCGAGGUGGGGGAGGUUUGUCCCUGGUAAAGAGGACCAGGCUGGGUCCAGGAGGAAGGGUGAGGGGCCAGGAUGAGCUGUGUGUGGUGUGUGGGGACAAAGCCUCUGGCUACCACUACAACGCCCUCACCUGUGAAGGCUGCAAAGGUUUCUUCCGAAGGAGUGUGACGAAGAAAGCAGUGUACCGGUGUAAAAGUGGCGGAGGCUGUGAGAUGGACAUGUACAUGCGGAGAAAGUGCCAGGACUGCCGCCUGCAGAAAUGUCGUGCUGUGGGCAUGCUGGCUGAAUGUCUGCUGACGGAGGUGCAGUGCCAGUCCAAGAGGCUGAGGAAGGGGACCAAACACAGAGGAGGAGGGCCUGAGGAGGAGGAGAACAUGGGGAGCAGGAGAGUCAGCUCCACCAGCAGGCUAUCAGGACAGGUAGUGUCUGCAAAUUUGUCAGUAGAACAGAAGCAUGUGCUGGACAGGAUGGUGGAGGCUCAUCGGCAGUACAGUGCGCAGGACACUACACACUGUAGGGUGUUUGAGUGGACUUGUACGGAGGUAGGUGGAGACAGACUAACAGACAUGGCAUGCCCUCCCUCUCAGAGGCUGCUGCAGUUCGCCAAGAGUGUACCUGGCUUUGAGCUCUUGGACUGCUCGGACCAGACCACCCUCCUCUCUAGUUCAUCUGUGGAAGUCAUGUUUCUGCUAUCAGCUCAGCAGUUCACCCAGAACCCAGCAGCCUCUAGCCCAGCACUACAACCUUUCAACAUCUCAACUCAUCAUUGGCUGAAAACCUUAGAGUCCAAGGAAAACAUUCAUAGUGGGACCGGCCCUGUAAAUUCAGGAGUCAAUGAGGACUUGCUAGGACCGGUGCUCAACUUCUUCCACAGCAUGGCUGCAUUGGGGGUGACGGAGGCUGAAUAUGCCCUGCUCACUGCUACAGCACUGCUAUGCUCAGCAGACGAAGCGUCGCUGCGGGCGGUGGUGUGUGUGGAGAGCUUACAGGAGCUGACCAUGGAGCUGCUGUCCAGGGUGUGCGGAGCCCGGUAUGGAGCCCAGGGCCCUCAGGGAGCCCAGCGCUUCGCUCGCCUGCUGGGGAGACUCACAGAACUGCGCACGCUACGACACAACCACCUCACCCUGCUCCGACAGCAGCUCUGGGACAGUCAGCCUUGAGACAGACACUGAGUACGAAGAACAGAGAUAGAACAGAGAGACAGAGACACAAACAAAUGGUUUAAAUAAUCUACAUUUUGCUUAAUGUUCAAUGAUUUAUCAAGUUUGUACCAAACAAUUUAAGGUAACACUAUGUUAUGUUAAUAAGGAAAAAUACCAAUACCAUUCUUCUAAGUGAUUGGUUUCUACUGUAAAGUUUGAAUCACCGACCGGUGUUAAACCAAAGUGAGUUUUGUUAUAUGGAGAGCACAGAUUAAGGUAUUAAAAAAGUAUUUUAUCAUACCUUGGCAGUCAUCCUAUUUGUGUUGUUUUCAUGGUGAAGUGGAAUCAACCACCUGGUCAUUAUACUGCCACACAGUGCUCUGGUAGGUCUGUUACACAGUGUUCUCUUGGAGUUUAAAGAGGAAGUUUGUUCAAAUAUAAAUGUUUAUGAUUUUACACUUACCUGGGAUGUUUCGGGUUGACAGUAGUAGCUUGGCAGACUAGUGCAAAACAGCAUUGGUAUCAAUUGUGGCUCACAUCAGAAAAAAUGUUAAUACACCGUACAGAUACCUCAGUUGUCCAACUUCUAUUGUAACCACAUCACUCCCUACAAACAUACACUGUGAUAUAAGGAAUUAUUUCUCAUGGUUGCUGAAAUAUAAACUUUCAGACGGCUUUAAUAAGUGCUCCACAAAGCUGGGAGACAUCCUAUUUGCAACAUUCAAAAAACUAAAAUGUUCUUAAAACGAUGUAGUGUAGAAGCGUAGGUGAAGCGUAAAGGUAAAGAUGUAUUCAAUGGAUAUUGUUCUGAUAUCUAUCUGUGCCCCUGUGAAAAAGCUGUCACUACUGAUCACAGUUGACAGCAGUAAAGCAUAGUCGAGUAGAAAUGCAUAAAACAUACACACUGAUGUUGUUUGAUAGAUUCUAAAGUGCAUAAAGUAAUCAUUUCCUUUUCAUUUUGUGUUAUGAAAAACAAAAGUAAAGAGAAUGAACAGGGAUUAAUAAAAUAAUCACUUAAAUAAAUUCCUUUAAUCUUUAUGCGCAACUUAAAAUAUUUUGAAUACUCAGUUAAGUUGUCCCCUCUGUUCAUGGUAGUGUCCAAAUGAAUAACUUAAUUCAAGACAUAUCUACAUGAAGAGAAGAACCAAAACCAUGAGUACUACUUUUAAUUUGUGACUUUGUUUUAAUAGCAGAUGUACUAUAUUGUUACCUUUUUGUGUUUUGAAGUUGUUGUAUGUGUUUAUAAAUGUAUUUCUAUAGUUA